GUAGAAAUCAGAAAAGGGAAAUUAACAGUGAGGUGGAGGGGAGAGGAAGGAUGCUAUCAGAUAGUGCUGGGAGCUGCUGUCAGUUUUGUUUGCCUUGUUUCUUUGGUUGCCUUGAAGCAGUUCAGGACUAGCUCUGUGCAUGUGCUGCAUAACUCUGGUGCUGGAACUUGCGGGCAUGCCGUCACUUGAACAUCUUCUCCUGGCCAGUUGGAGCUGCCAGCUGUCAAACUGAAAGGACUUCAGAUCACUGUGGUCUGGUUUGGAUUUGAGUUGGGACCAUCUCCAUUUAUUUACCUUGUUGAUGCCUGUUGAUUAAACUAGCAGCAUUCCUAAAAUUGUGUUAAAUGCCACGUGUUGUUGCCCCAUCUUUGCCUAGCUCUGUGUUUCUCACACUGUGGGUCAGGUGCCCACUGAUGGGUUUCAGUGCUUCUUCAGGUGGGUCUCAUUGCUUUGUGACAUGCAGGGUUUAGGCAUGUUUAGGCCAGGGUUGCCCAACCUUUUUGGGGCUGUGGGCCCAUUUGAGAAUUCAAGAAACUGCUGUGAGCGCCACCGCAAAAUUACUUUUAUGGAGGAUGUGGCUAGUUGGGUAACGGCUGCUGUAGUUACCUGGCUAGUAAAAAUAGCAGAAGAAAGCUUUUAACUCCAAAGCCAAUCUGCCUAUUUUGCACUACAGAAGAACACCAAGAUGACAAUCAGGUUGCAGACUCAUGCAUGCUUAUAUGGAACUCAGUGGGAAUUACUUCUAAAUAGGCUACAUAAGAUUGUUUAUCCUGUUCACAUCCAGGCACCUGCAUACCUUUCCUUUGCUUCAAAGGAAGGAGAAAUGGCCCCAGCCACAACAGGAGAGAAAAGACUUUUCCUGCGUAAACCUCAGGUUUAGGGUAUUCUGUUCAACUCCUGCUGCUCCAGCUUCCUCCUCCUGGCAGAGCCCUCACCUGUGAAAUAUGAGAGAAGGGGCUGGGAGGGGAAAGACACAGUGAGCUAAAGGGGUGAAAAGCAAGCAAGCGGAAGUAGGGAUUGAGCAGGAGAAGAACUUAGCCAGAGAAAGAGGAAGGCUCGGAAUCGGGAGAAACAGCAAGGCAAACUGACAGCAGGGAGAAAGACAGCUAGGUUAGUGGCUGAGAGGGAGCAGGAGAGAAAACGCAGGGCAAAGAUGCAGAGGGGAUGGAAUGAGCAAGGCUGGGCACUAGAAUGGAGAGAAGCAAGGCAAAGAGGUGGUGGGGGGAAGAGCUGGACUAGAGGCGACGAGAAACAGCAAAGUGCUGAGGGGGGAACACAGCAAGGCUGGGGCUUGGAAGGGAACAAAAGAAGGCUAGGGAUGUGGAAGUGGGAGAAAUAGGCAGGAAAGGGGCUAGGGAGUAGAUAAAGCAAGGCUAGAAGAGGGAAGCCGAGAGUAAGAGAGAUCAAGGGGGAAUGGUCUGUGGGCCAUUCAAGAUGGAGCAGGUUCCAGAAGCGGUCUCUUCCUGGUCAUGGAAAGGGUUGGGAAGAGAAGCAGUGAGACUGGGAGAGAAACAGCAAGGUUAGAAGCUGGACAGGAAGAGAAACACUGAAGUAAACCAGUUUGGGAGAGAAAGACUUGAGGUAGAGACUGGGCAGCAUAUUGACUUUGCAGUGGCUUCUUUUUCCCACACUGCACUUGCUGGUGGUGUGUGGCCUUAUUUCCAUAAUUACUGGGUCUGGACACAGCUUGCUGUGCCAUCCAAACCCAGUGAAGGCGGGCAGCUGCCGUACCACCCUGGAAUCAUGGCUUGCUGGAUGAUAAAUUGUGGGUUGGAAGCCUUAAUUUCCAUAUUAACCCUCACCAGGUAUGGCUUGCUGUGCUGUCCAAACCCAACCAGGUGAGCAGCAGGGACAGCUUCCAGACCACCCCAGAACAGGCCAUUGGUUGCCAUCUGCCUUCCAUGUUUGCAUGACUUAGCAACCUGCAGAAACCCUCUGCAGUGGAUACUUGAGAGGCCCCUAUGGCUAUGUAUGAUGAAGACCUCCUGAAGAACCCCUUCUAUUUAGCAAUGCAGAAACUGAGGCCUGAUCUCUGCAGGAAAGUUGCAGAAUUUCAUGGAGUUGUUCUAGUGCCAUGCAAAGGAAGUCUUUCGAGUAGUUUCAUCUCCGCUUGCCAGUUUGACUGUUAUGUUCUCAGGCCAGUGGAAGAAAACUUCCAAACUUUGAAUGGAAAGGAAGUCUUCGUACAAGGAAACAUGGUCAUACUUGGGGCUGGCUUUAAUCAUCGUUUUUCAGUACCUGUUCUCUUUGAGGAAACUUUCUACAAUGAAAAAGAAGAGAGCUUUAGCAUCCUUUGUAUAGCUCAUCCUCUAGAAAAAAAUGAGAGCAAAGAACAACCCUCAACACCAUCGAAUUCUUACUCCCUGAAAAACAUUGAAGAUGCGAGAGAGUUCUUGGGAAAGCACACUGAAAAGUUUGAUAAAGCUAUUGCAUCUUUCCACAGGACUUUAAAGGAUCACGACAGGAAAAUCCUGCGACACUACAUAGAUUCCGUGAAUGCGCUCUACACCAAAUGCAUCCAGCAAUUAUUAAGGGACUCCCACCUUAGAAUGCUUGCGAAACAGGAACCUCAGAUGAAUCUGAUGAAGCAGGCUGUAGAUAUGUAUAUCCACCAUGCUCUCUACGAUGUGAUCUUUAAGUAUGUGGGGACUAUCGAGGCAACUGAGGAUGCAGCUUUCAACAAAAUUACACGAAGUUUGCAGGAGCUGCAGCAGAAGGACCUUGGCAUCAAAGCCGAAUUCAGCUUCAACAUACCGCGUGCAAAACGAGAACUGGCCCAGCUGAAUAAGUGCACCUCUCCGCAACAGAAGCUCCUCUGCCUGCGCAGAGUGGUGCAAAUCAUCAUGCAGUCGCCAAGUCAGAGAGUUAACUUGGAGACCAUGUGUGCAGACGACCUCCUUUCGGUCUUGCUCUUUCUCCUGGUGAAAACAGAGAUCCCAAACUGGAUGGCAAACCUGAGUUAUAUCAAAAACUUCAGGUUUUUCAGCUCAGCGAAAGAUGAAUUAGGGUACUGCUUGACUUCGGUUGAGGCUGCAGUAGAGUACAUCCGGCAAGGAAACCUCUCCGACAGGCCAACGGAAUCUGAAGGAUUUAGUGAGAAGCUGCACUUAAGACAAAGAAUGAAUUUACUGUCUCAGAUGUCCGUCACCCCAAUAGACUGCUUGUUUCAGCAUGUUGCGUCAGGCAACCAGGAAGAAGUAGAGCGCUUGUUGAGCCAAGGGGACAGCGAUAAUGACACUAUGCAAAAAAUGUGCCACCCGCUCUGCUUUUGCGAUAAAUGUGAGAAGCUGGUUUCUGGGAAGUUGAAUGAUCCUUCCAUCGUUACACCAUUUUCUAGAGAUGACCAGGGAUUCACUCCACUCCAUAUAGCUGCAAUAUGUGGCCAAGCCUCGUUAAUUGACUUGUUAGUUUCUAAAGGAGCUGUGGUCAACGCCAUGGAUUACCAUGGAUCUACUCCACUUCACCUUGCAUGCCAGAAGGGAUACCAGAAUGUCACCCUGCUCUUGCUGCACUAUAAGGCAAGCACCGAAGUACAAGACAACAAUGGCAACACCGCACUGCACUUGGCUUGCACGUACGGCCACGAGGAUUGUGUCAAGGCUUUAGUCUAUUAUGAUGUGCAUUCCUGCAAAUUAGACAUUGGUAAUGAAAAAGGAGACACUCCUCUUCACAUAGCCGCCCGCUGGGGCUACCAGGGGAUUAUCGAAGUGCUGCUGCAGAACGGAGCCAGCCCGGACAUUCAGAACCGCAUGAGGGAGACUCCUGUGCAAUGUGCAUUGAAUUCCACGAUUUUAUCCUUAAUGGAACUGAACUACUUCGCAUUUGAAAGGGAACAGAGUGCGCCUCAGUCUCCCGCCAGGUCUCUUCAGGGCUGUGAAGACAACAUCAGCCAAAUAUCCUCCAUCUCGACUUUGUCAUCAGUGACAGCAGCAAAACAAGAAGAAAUCACAGCUAAUUAUAAAGAGGUGGACAAACUUUUACGAGCAGUUGCAGAUGGAGACACUGAAAUGGUGCGUUACCUUUUGGAGUGGGUGGAUGAUGAUCUAGAGGAACCAGAAGCGGAGGGGAAUGUGGAGAAAGUGGAGCUUUGCCAUCCCUUGUGCCAGUGUUCCAGAUGUGGUCCUGUGCAAAAGAAGUUCUUCAGAGUUCGCAGCAAUGGUCUUGGUGUGAACGUUACCAACCAGGAGGGCCGGACACCACUGCAUGUGGCUGUACUACACGGGCACGCUGACUUGGUCUCCCUCUUAUUGAAACAUGGAGCCAGUAUUGGGGCGAAAGAUGCUAACCAUGCAGUGCCUCUUCACCUGGCCUGCCAAAAUGGUCACUUCCAGGUAGUGAAGUGUCUGCUGGAGUGCAGUGCUAAACAAAAUACAAAGGACAUUCAUGGAAACACGCCAUUAAUGUAUGCUUGCUUGAAUGGCUAUCAAGAGAUAGCAGCCUUUCUGUUACAGCACGGGGCCUUGGUUAAUCUUUCCAAUAAUCAGGGCAACACAUCCCUCCACAGAGCUGUGAUAGGAAGCUAUGAAAGUUUGGUUCAGCUGCUGCUGCAACAUGGCGCGUCAACCCGUGUUAGGAACAACCGACAUUGUACGCCGCUUGACUACGCUGAGCCUAAUUCAGGUAUCUUCGAACUGCUGCAGGCUGCAGCAACCUCAGAAGAGGGUGGAUGGACAGACUACAAAGCUCACAGAGAUGGAAAGAUUCGAGGGAAAAGUGUUACAUUUGAAGUUAGUUUUAAGUCUUCGGAGAUAGCAGACAAUCUCAUUGCUCGACGUCUUCAGCUGGUCCAGUCGAUCAACCAAUUUAACAAAUCAAAAGACUUGCGGAAAACUAUAACAAGAGAUAAAAGUGUUCCCAACUUUGAUGAUGAGUUACUGCACCAGUUAGCCAUUAAGAACUUCGAUAAGAGCAAACUAAAGGCUGUGGACUCUUUAGAUCAAAACCAAACCCAGAUCCUUGAAGACAGAGGCGCAGGUGGAUCCACAAGAAAGGAAGAGGACACUGCUGUGGCAACAGCACCCCUUAAGAGUAAACUAAUGCAUCGGAGUCAUACUGUUAAUGUGGCCCUUUCAGCCACAGAGGCCAGCGACACCUGCAACUUAUCCAGAUCUAGUGAUCCAAGAGAAGGCUGCUCUGAUGAUUGAGGCUUUCAGAAAGGAAGUCUGAUUGUUGAUAGCAAAAUGAAGAACCAGAUGGCAUCAAUUUCCUUCUCAUCAUGCUCAGCACUGUAAAAUUGGUGCAUGCUGAGAAACGAGGCUUGAAACCUAGACCAGAAGGGGAUUUGGAAAAGGAAGGGGACCUUCUCUUUCCACCAAUGCAAUUUGCACUUUUGGAGACUGAGAUAAAACUCAACAACAACGGUCAAGACAUACACUGAAGUAUCAACCAUAUUUAGACAUAGUCUUAGUCUUGCACUCUCCAAAUCUAUUUCAUCAGUAAAGUGUGUGAAGCAGGAUUUCAGCUUAAAUAUCCUAGUUGGAAAAGGCAGUGGCUUGUUUCAGUUCUUGUGCCACUAAUUUACACUGAUUGUUAGGAGGGCUUAUAGCACUCCAGCACUGAGAGCUGUAUAUAAAGAUGGCAAGAGGGCAAGACUGUACAGUUCAUUUUACUUUUACCGAUUUUGUUGGAAUGUGAGCCUUGUAUUGUGAGCCAUAGUUGGCAUAUGGGAGGUUACAGUAAGUACUUUUAAUGAAGGUUACAUCUUUUCUUACAGAGAGUGACAGCCAUAUUAGAACUUUCUCUUAAUCAAAUUGAUAAUAUGUUCUUCAGAUAUUAAGCUUCCCACACGUUUCUAAAAUGAUAGGAGGGACUGUAGCAUGACCCUGCUUCAUUUAGUUGCAUAUAAUUGUGGAACAAGAAAGCAGUCCCACCAAACCUUAGUUAAAGGGAGUAACUCACCAGCUGCAAUGUUGAGCAGCAGCUUACUUGCCCUUACUUUAAAAGACAUUUCCAAAUGUAUCUCUUAUGCACUUUUAGAAAUGGAAUGUCAGCUCUAGGUAAAUGUUCCAUCUUUUUAAUUUUUAAAAAAGGGUUGAAUUAUAACUUGAACAGCAGUGACCUUGUUCAAUUCACAUCUUGUUUUUAUGCUGUAUUUGUAUACCAAACUUUGAGUGCUUUUAAAUUGUUGGAUAACAUAUUUUAGAUGGUCAAAUGGUCUGUUAAGAUUUCUCUGUACAGAAUGUUGAUUGUAAGGUGUAAGAAGUACAGCCCUGUGUGCUCCUGAAGGAGAAGUAUAUUUUUCUACUAAAUACUUGAGUUCAUCUAAUUUUCUUAUGUGCCUUGGACCUGUGCCAAAUAAUGAAAGAGAAAUAGUGAAAUUAAUAAAUCUAUGCUUCUAAUGUGCAACUUUUACAUCAAA